AUGAAAGUCAUCUCACAGGAAGGGACCACAUUUAUUCUCCCAAAGAAGCACUAUAAACAGAGCAGAUUAUUACUCGAUUUGGAAAAAGAAACAAAAAUACCCAAAGAGGGGAUAUCCUUAUUAGUAGACAAUUUGACUCUGAAAAAGGUAAUUGAGUUUAUGGAAGGACAUGAGAAUGAUUUGACUUUUAAUGAGGAAAUAUCUGAAGUAAUUCUAACAGAUUUUGAUGAGGAAUUUCUAAAUAUGGAAAUACCGUUACUUUUUAAAGUGACUGCUGCUGCAAAUUAUUUAAAUAUUCCGUUAUUAUUGGAAAUCUGUUGUAAAAAUAUUUCCAAGAAUUUGCAAAACAAAAAUUCAAAAGAAAUUGUAAAAUAUUUGAAAAUAACUGAAAAUAUGAAAAAUGAAGUGAAUGUAGAGAAAGAAUAUAAAUGGAUUGAAUAA